AUGUCUAACCAAAGACUAUUUGUGCUUUCUCCCCUGCUGUUCUUCUGCUUCUUCAGAGAGAGCAUCUGCAUUUGUGACGGGACAACCUGGACAAAGGUUGGAUGGGAGAUUUUUCCAGAGGAAGUACACUACCUGAAAGUUAAGGCUCCCCCGUCCCAGUGUCUGCCUUACCCUCUGGACAAACUCUGCUGCAACUUUGCUAACUUGGACAUAUUCCAGAGUUCCUUACACCUCAUUUAUAUCAUAGUACAAGCGCUCUUCUUAAUCCUAUUUGUUUUAUCUGUGCAUUACCUAUGGAUGAAAUGGACAAAACACCAGAAAAAGCUGAAAAAGCAGGCCUCUUUAGAGAAACAUGGUACUGACCUAAAGAGCCCGUCCAUCUAUGACAUCGAACAAAUUCUCUGCAGACUACUGGCCACGACAUCAAUGAUGACCAAGUUCCUGAAGCAGGUGUCCCAACAUUCUUCCGCUAAGAAGAAUGUUAAGCAACAACGUCAAUUAAAGAAGAAGAGGAGGAAAGAAGGGAAGGAGCCAAGGGAUACUAAAGCUAAGCACACGCAAAUGUAG